UUCACAUUUUAUUUAUUUCUCAUUUUCUCCUUGUUUAUUUAAUUUAUUUUCCAUUUAAAAAAAGCUCUCCCCUUCUACGCGGUUGGCAGCUGAAACGCUCAGCUAAGCCCUUAUAUAUAUAUCCUACGCCUUCCGCUGCUUUCAUUUUCUCUCUUCUCUGCUCCCUGCAGAAGGACUUUGGUUUCUUCUUCAUCUCUGAACUAGAUUCUGUCUUUCUUCGCUAUCACUAGUAGGUCAUUUCAUUGAAUAGUUUUCGCAAAUGGGUUCCAUGCAUUAUGUUUCUAGAACUUAGCUCUUCAAUAUUUGGAAACCAAAUCAUUUUCUUCCCCUUUUUUUUAUUGGUUGUGCUUGGAGUCGUGAUUAUCGUUGUAGCUCUUUUUUAUUUGGAAUGGGGAGUUAUUAAGUAACGGAUUAAGGGUUAUCCUUUUAUAUAUAUUUAUUUGAAAAUAAAAGGGUAAGGGAAAUAAUGGCACCAGCUACUAACUGGCUUUCCUUUUCACUCUCUCCAAUGGAAAUGUUGAGGUCAUCUGAAUCUCAGUUCACAUCCUAUGAGGGCAACUCCACUGCCUCUCCUCACUAUUUGAUCGAUAACUUCUAUGCUAACGGUUGGGGAAGUUCCAAGGAAGCUCAAGGAACAACAACAAUGGCAGAGAGUUCCAUCAUCACAAGCUUUAUAGACCCAGAAACCCACCACCCACAAGCGCCAAAACUCGAGGACUUUCUUGGGGACUCAUCAUCAAUUGUUCGAUACUCAGAUAGCCAAACAGAGACUCAGGACUCAUCUCUCACUCACAUCUAUGAUCAAAGCUCUGCUGCUUACUUCAAUGACCAACAAGAUCUCAAGGCGAUUGCUGGUUUUCAAGCCUUUUCAACGAACUCGGGGUCGGAGGUUGAUGACUCGGCCUCAAUAGCCCGGACUCAGCUUGGCGGUGGUGAGUUUGUGGGUCAGUCUAUUGAAUCCAGCGGAAACGAGCUGGGGUUCUCUAAUUGCACCGAUGCAAAUAAUGCGUUAUCACUUGGGAUUAACAACCAGUGUUCCACAGAGAAAGCUAUUGUUCCAGCGGAAUCUGAUUGCCCUAAAAAAAUUGCCGAUACUUUUGGCCAGCGAACUUCAAUUUACAGAGGAGUCACUAGGCACAGAUGGACAGGUAGAUAUGAAGCGCAUCUAUGGGAUAACAGCUGUAGGAGAGAGGGUCAGGCCAGAAAAGGGCGUCAAGUAUACUUAGGUGGAUAUGAUAGGGAAGAAAAGGCAGCUAGAGCUUAUGACUUGGCAGCUCUCAAAUAUUGGGGUCCCACUGCAACCACCAACUUCCCUGUUACUAAUUAUAAUAAAGAAUUGGAGGAGAUGAAAUAUGUGUCAAAACAAGAAUUCAUUGCCUCGCUGAGGAGGAAGAGUAGUGGGUUCUCAAGGGGAGCCUCUAUAUACAGAGGAGUAACAAGGCAUCAUCAACAGGGUCGUUGGCAAGCAAGAAUAGGUCGUGUUGCUGGAAACAAAGAUCUAUACCUUGGCACUUUUGCUACUGAAGAGGAAGCUGCUGAGGCAUAUGAUAUAGCAGCCAUAAAGUUUCGAGGUAUGAAUGCAGUGACCAACUUCGAGAUGAGUCGAUAUGAUGUGGCAGCUAUCAUGAAAAGUGUUCUGCCCAUUGGCGGGACAGCAAAGCGGUUAAAGCUCUCACUCGAAGCAGAACAGAAACCAACACUGAACCAUGAACAGCAACCUCAGGGUAGCAGCAGCAAUACUAUCAGUUUUGAUUCUAUUCCGCCAGUCUCCAUCCCCUGUGGUAUUCCUUUCGAAAACACAUCAGCACUCUAUCACCACAACCUCUUCCACCACCUUCAAUCUGCCAACAACAUCGGUGGAACUGAUUCUUCUGGCUCCACCUCAUCAAUGGCGACUCCGAUGACUUUAAUGCCUCAAACAGCUGACUUUUUUGUAUGGCCUCAUCAAUCUUAUUGAGAAAAGCAGGCAGUUUUGACAGAAGAAUGCAGCUAACAUGUAGCAACAGGCCCAGUGGAUGGAUCUUCCUAGCUGACAAAUAUUGCUGACAAAUAUUUUACCUUAAUGUAAUCUCUUACUUAACCUUGGCAGGAGUAGGAAAGAAAGACAGGUUGUUCCCCUUUUCUCCUCCCUUUCUGGUUAAAUUUCUAAAUUUCUGGUUAUAAUAGGAUGCUGGAUUUUGUAAGUAGCUUGGCUGAAAUGUGCUGAAUGAUGGGGAUUGGGGGCAUCCAUUUACUUGCGGAAAGGUUUAGAUUAUUCUCUAAUUUAUCAUUCUGAAAGAAGUGAAUUACAGAAUUUUGUUAAAGGCAUUGA